GGAGGCAGACCGGUUGGCUAUUUACAAGCAUGACCGAGGAGUUGAAUUAGUCAGAGCGAGACUUGAUCCCGCAAACUCCGGAUUUCAAGUUCCGCACCCUAACAAAUUGGCUCUACCUGUCGUCCUGAGUGGUUACAAACUGAAGACUCCUGUUCGAAAAACUUAUUGAAUUAAUUUAACUAUUCAAGAGGGAGGAAAUCUUUCACGAUUUUCGAACUUUGUUUGGAGUACUUGUCUUGCGUGUUCAAUGGCGCGCUCUUUUCACAAAGAACUCAAAAAAAUACUCAUAAAUUUAAAUCUUAAUCGAUCCGCUUGAGUGCACUUUAAGACCCUCUAGGGUAAGAAUGAAUACAAUUAUGCAUGAGGCGAUAAAAUUGCAUCGCAAUCUCAGCCGAUUAGUCCCGCUACAAAGUGAAAAUGGCAGCGAGUGCUAAUCGAGGAAACACGAAUUUAACAAAUCCACUCUUAAUGACUAGCGAAGAUGAAUCCGAUGUGGAAGAAUAUUUUUCAUCGAGACCACCUAAAGUCAGGAGGAAGACGAAAAUCAUUGCCAUAACGAUUAUUUCGCUUCUGGUUCUUGCCAUUGUUGCAGGCGUUAUCGUUUACUUCUUGAAGAGAAAAGCUGGGAAGCAGCCUCAGGAAAUCCAACUGGAAAUACGAGGCGGUGUGGUACGUGGGCAAUACGAAGGAGACGCCGUGGUGUUCAAGGGCAUUCCCUACGCAGAGCCACCAGUCGGUAGUCGGCGGUGGCAGGCUUCGGUCCCUUGUGAUGUAAACAAAUGUUGGAAUGGAACUCUAGAUGCAACGACAUUUGGAAGCGUCUGUGUUCAACAAGAUGUGGCGAGCCCGAACGACCCAAGCAAAGUCAUUGGAAGUGAAGACUGUUUGUUUGUGAAUGUGUGGACACCAAAAGAAAGGUCGCCAGAACAACUACUGCCUGUUCUAGUUUACAUUCACGGCGGUUACCUGUUGUAUCUCUCGGGGAAUUGGAAAGGAUUACAUCCUUCUCCAGAAAUGGUUUCUAAUAUGGAGAUAGUCGGUGUUUCAUUCAAUUACAGACUAAAUGCAUUUGGUUUUUUGGCCUUGAAGUCGUUAGCAGAUGUCUCACCCUCCAAGACCUCAGGAAACUAUGGAUUCAUGGAUCAGAUAUUGGCAUUAAAAUGGGUGCGAGCAAACAUUAGGAAAUUUGGAGGUGACCCAGAAUCUGUGACUCUGAUCGGUCAGAGUUCUGGAGGUACGUCCGAGGUGGCACUGCUUGCCUCACCAGGUGCAUCUGGACUUUUCCAUCGUGCAAUUCUAAUGAGUGCCUCGGCUGUUUUCAACAAGUCUUGGGAAGAUGCAGCCAUUGACAAUGAGAUCUUCGUGAACCACUCCAAGUGCGACAGAAGCAGCUCCACAGCUGAGAGAAAAUGCUUGUAUAAAUUAAGUCCCACUCAAAUACAGAAUGCUAUCCCGUGGGACGUGUACCCAUUCUGGCGUAUGGGUGAUCUGAUGGGUCUUCCAACAAAAAACCGGUUUGACGGGGCUGUUGCAGUGGUUGACAGAACUGUCGUGUCAGAACCUCCCCUUGUCGCCAUGGCAACUGGGAAAGCGAAUGAUGUCCCCCUUAUUAUUGGAACAACAGCACAAGAGAUCGAUAUUCAGCCGAUGGUUUCCUUUACCAACUCGAGCUAUGGAAAAUACAGAAAACAUGUUGAAGAAAAACUGCGACCUUUUCUAGGAAACGAAGUAAGCAAGGUCCUAGACAUGUAUAACGAUAGCUUGGCCAUGGGUGAGUCUUUUCAAUUUGCCUUCUCGUCCAUGACUUCCGAUCUAAGAGAAACUUGUCCCAAUAACGUUCUGGCACUGAAUGCAUCGAAGGGUUUCCAUAGUCCCGUUUACAGAUAUGUGGUAACAAACAGGCCCUCGGCGCCUAUAAAUCUAUUCGGCUUUCCUGCCUCGUUUGCGUUUCACAUGUGGGACGAGGUAGCGUUUUUCGGUUUCCCGGUUGAGCUUAGUUACAAGCCUUCUAAAAAGGAUAAGGAGUUUAUGAUGGAUCUGAGAAGAGAACUCGGUGAAUUCAUCCACAAAGGAACUGUUAAAGAAGAAUCGUGGAGAGAAUAUCCAGAAAGUACUGCUCUUUUUACUGAUAAUGGCGUCAGUGUUCCCAAAGAGGAAUAUCACAAAAAACAAUGCGACUUCUGGCUGGGACAAGGGUUUUUCUCUUAUGGAUGGAUCAAUUAACAAAUUAAUGAAUCAAAUAUUUAAUUAAUAGGCCAUAUUCUUAUUCUCGUUAUUGAACUGGAACUAUAGCUUGUAGUGGAGGCUCAUGCGGAUUAAUAUCAUUGAAAAGAGAUUCGUGUCAUUUACACUUGAAAGACUCCCCGCAUCAGCCUCAAUCUGCAAGGUAGUUCCUGUCCAAUAACGAGAACAUCAAUAAAGUCUAUGGAUCGGUUGACUAAUAAUUGACGACUAGCUAAUGUCCGUGGUUUUUUUUGCUCGUGAUUGUUCCCGCUGGUUAUUUUCUUAACCUGCUAUUCAGUCAUUUAGCUUCAUUUAGUCUCUCUAAUGAUAGUUCACCAACUGUACGACUCGUUAACCAUUGUUUCGCGACCCGUACGAGUCGUACGGGUCGUGGACUUGUCUAUACACGCUAAGUCUCUCUAAUAUAUAUACAAUUCACCAAAUGUACGACUUGUAAACCAUUGUUUCACGACCUGUACGGGUCGUGUUCAGCCAUUCACGGGCCGUAUCUGUUCGACAGUAUUAGACAAGGAUGCUGUUCCAGCGUGGAACCUGAGCAAAAACAGUUGCAAUAUAAAUUUUGGGCUCGAUAACAGAACGUUUUAUUGAUCAGACAAAGUUUGAAACGAAAGUUAACAAUAUAGAGACACAAGCGAUUACAAUAUAUCAUUAGUCAGUUAGCAAGUACAAUAUGAAUAAUGUAAUUUUUGAUAUCUUUUGCUGGAAGAGGAAAUCGACCUGAAACUGAAA